AUUGUUUUUCCCCCACCGGCCUUUUGUGUCUCCUUGGCGAAAGGAGCUUUUUAAUUCUCUGAAUCAGGCAGUUCGCUGGGGGGGGGAGCGGGGACGCAGAAAAGAACGAAAGGGCUGAAGGAGGACCGAAAUUGUCGCUGAUCUGUCGGGGACUCCCAAGUCUGCGAAGGGCGAGGCUGCGAAGGCCUGACUAAUUGUGCAAAACGGAAUCCCUGAAAAAGAGAUCGGGCCUCUCCGAUCGGCCUUCGGAGACCCGAGUCUCCUUUUGAGGCCUUUCCAUCACUCUCCGCCUCAGCGCAGCGCGCACACGGUUGGAGCUGCAGCCGCUUGUGCAAAAAAAAAAAAAAAACCCCGAACGCAUGGCUUCAUCGGAAGCGGCGGCGGCGGCGGCAGCAGCUGCCCGGGGGCUCCUCCUGCUGCCUCGGAUCGUGCUUUUCGGGGACUCCAUUACGGAGUUUUCCUUCCAAGAUAAGGGAUGGGGCGCAUCACUUGCUAAUAGAUUAGCUAGAAAAUGUGACGUCUUGAAUCGUGGACUCUCUGGCUACAAUACUAGGUGGGCUAAAAUUGUUCUUCCAAGAUUAAUCAACAAAGACCAUAAUGCUGAAAACAUCCUGGCGGUAACUGUCUUCUUCGGGGCAAAUGACAGCGCUUUGAAAGAUGAGAACCCGAGGCAGCACGUUCCACUGGAGGAAUAUGCUGACAAUUUGAAAAGUAUGAUAAGCUACCUCAACUCGGUGGACAUAUCCAAACAGGACAUUAUAUUAGUGACCCCACCACCCCUCCAUGAAGCUAGUUGGGAAAAAGAGUGUGUGGCUAAAGGUGAAAAAUUAAAUCGGCUAAAUUCUGUCACUGGGGAAUACGCGAAGGCUUGUGCGAAAGUAGCUGAAGAAUGUGGCGCUGAUGUCAUCGACCUGUGGACACUUAUGCAAAAAGGAGACCAGGACUUCGGCUGUUACCUGUCAGAUGGACUCCAUUUAUCAGAAAAAGGAAAUACUUUUCUAGCAAACCAGCUUUGGACACUCCUAGAAAAAAAAUUGUCAAGCCUUCCUCGAUUGCUUCCCUACUGGCGUGAUGUAGAUCAUCUCUGCCCUGAAGCUACUUUCCUGGGCAUCCCCACUGCUAAGAAGCAAUAAAAAGAAUAACAGCCAUAGGUUUUGUAAAUACAAAAUAAAAUCUCCUCUUUUUCCCCCCACAAUCAUUGAUACCACUUCUUAGGAGAGUAUACUGAUAUGAACUUGCAUUCCCAAUUAUUAGACCUCUGUACGUAGUCACACAGAAUUGCUGAGUUUUCUAAUUUUUGUCAUGACCGGCAUAGGGAGGGCAAUUUGCCUGUUAAAAAUUGCAAAGCACAUUGGACACAAAAGGAAAUUGUCACCACAAGCAAGAAACAGUCAAACCAAGCCGGAUGGAUCCAGACAAUCCCACGUUCUACAGAACGUUAGACUAGAUUUCAGGCUCAGAACAGAGCAGGGUGUCUAACUUGGGUUGUUUGGAAGGAUCACCAGGUUUUGGAUAGCAUUUUGUGGACUGCAUUCCAAAGGACUAUAGGCUUAAGACUAUUUCAGGAGGG